AGGCCAAGAAAGUGCACUAUCAAAUUAUACACUUUUUUUUUUCUUUUUUUUUCUUCAGUCUUUAGUUUCUCAACUGUAUUUCCCGUGACCACAGAGGCUUUGAUCAAAGAAAAGUCGAAAACAGAGAGCGCGUGAAAAAUUGAAUCCACUGCCGGCGUAAAGCAGGAGAAGAAGACGAAGAAGAAGAAGAAGAAGAAGACGAUACAGUCCUCUUAAAACUCGCAGAAUUUGGCGCACAAAAAAGGGUCACUGAUUUGGUUUCGUUUUUACUUUGUCAUCACUCAUUUCCCCUAACUACACGCCAUCAUUUAUGGACUCUUCCUAAUAGCGCCUUUCAUCUCUUUCUCUCUCUCGCCUUCUCUCCAAGUUACUGGUAAAACCCAUCUUGUCUCUGCUGCUCUUUCUAUUUUGUUUGGUUCUUUGUUCUCUGUUAAAUGCGCUGCUGCUCUGUGCAUCUGUCUUCGUUUUUUGUUUCAUCUGGGGUUGUAAAAAGCCGUACUUCGGUGGUUAAAUUUUCUUCCCAAAGUUCUUGCUGGUUCUGGCACGCGAUGGAGGAAAGAAAACUCAAUUUUAAUGCACCGCUCAUGUCCGUGAGGCGAUCGUCCAUGGCAUCAAGUUCUUUUGCUAAAGUGAAUGAAAAGAAAUCUGAAAAUCCCCAACUUAAUAGACGGGGUACCUUUCCAGUUACUAGACAACAGUUCAAUUUGGAUCAAGUGACGGAACCAGUUGCAGUUCCCUUCCACUGGGAGCAGAUUCCGGGAAGAGCUAAGAAUGAUAGUGGCUCAGCCUCACCUGAGAUUCAGCUGUCUCAGCCCCCUGAGAGGACUUGUUCUACUCCAAGACUCUCCUUUGGGAGGGAUUUGGAUGUUAAAAAACAUGGUUUGGAAACGGAGGCUUGUCGUGGAAAUGGGUGUGACGCAAAUUCUUCAAAUGCCAUUGUUGUUAGAUUAGAGUCGACGAAAGCUGUACCAAUCGAUACGAGGAAUUUGGCAUCUGAAGAUGAUGAUGAUGAUGAUGAUUACUCUGAUGCACUUGACACAUUGUGCCCCUCUGCUGCAUUAUCGGUUAACAACUGUAGUGUAAGUGGUCUAAGUGGAUACAAUGGUCCGAUGGUGAAACCAUCGGGAACCUUUCGUACAGAUCCUCAGACUCGGGAUUUCAUGAUGAGCCGCUUCUUACCUGCAGCCAAGGCAAUGGUUUUGGAGCCUGCUAAGUAUUCCUUAAAGAAGCAACUUGUAGCGGUUGAGCAACCUAGACAAGCAAAGAAGGUGACGUCCGAGAAUAGGAGGAUGUCUCCAUUUAAACGACUCGAGUCUACCAUGUUACUACAGUAUGGCAAAGAUGAAGUAGAUGACGAAAGUGACUCUGGGGAUGAUGAAUAUGACAAUUCAGGUAAUAUAUCGGCUAGAGGUUGUGGUCUUAUACCCAAUAUAUGCUUCAAAAACUCUUUGGGCCUUCUUAAUCCUGUGCCCGGGAUGAGAAUCAGGACCGAGUCGCCCACAUAUGUCACUAAUAAAGUUGGGGGAUCAAGCAGAACAAUGCACCAUUCACACAGCCAGAAGAUCAACAAGCAUGCUUGGGAUGCUGCUUACAAGCAAAAACCAGAAGCUGCUGUUGGAUCACCUAGGCUACAGGAGGUAAAAGAUAAGUGGAUUGGCGAAUCAAAAGCCUUUUCUACCUCCACCGACCUGCAAAUGAGAGGCAGGUCUUCUCCCUUCAGGCAUUCAAGGGCUGCUUCUCCCUUUAGGAAUGAAGCACCACAGUCUCCUUGUAGAAGGCAGUCAGUUAUAGUUCCUAAAGAAGUUGAGAUUAUCUCCAAAUCCAAAGGUGAUACUGACUUUCAUGAUACACCAUCCAUUCGAGCAACUAAACAAGGGGUUGAUAUGCCAAGUGCCAUGAUUGAGAAGACACUCUAUAUAGACACUGGAAGUGUUGCUGAAAUAACUCGUCCACUAAAUUCAAACCUUUUGGAUGCCGAGAAGAACGUCGAUCGUGCUAGCGGGAAGAAUGAGACAGGAUGUGGAACCAGGGAGUUGGAAGAAACUACCACUGCGGAACCUUCUUUCCUAGAAGUUAAAUGCUUAACUUUGGUUGAAGAGGGGAGGCUGGAGCGUGAAGCUGCAGAAUCUAAAAGCAAAUAUGCUAUCACUGAUGGCUCCAAAAUGGACCAUGGACUUGACAAAGAAGAGAUUUCUGGAUACUCUAAUGUGUGCACUGCUGAUGAAGAUGAAUACUCCAAGGCCAAUUAUCAGAUAGCAAAAGUAGAAGAUCCAGCAAGCGCCAAAGUAACUUCUGUGAUAUCUUCUCAACCUCCACCUCUACCGAAGUCUCCUUCUGAGUCUUGGCUUUGGCGUACCCUGCCUUCAGUUUCCUCCAGAAAGUUGCUUGCAGGAUCAAAUCUUGGAAACAAGUUAUAUCACAAGCAGCAGCAGCAGAGUCCUAGAACAUCAGCCAGCAGCACCAAGUGGGAAACCAUUGUAAAAUCUUCGAAAUUGCGUCACGAUCAUGUUCGUUAUUCCGAGGAAUUAAUUCCUCGUGUUUCUCAGCACUCGACAACAGAGAGUUUCAAGUAGUUCUCUGUAACGCUCGGGUGGAUUGAUUGGCUUUGUGUGAAAGUUUAUACAUCAGCAAACCUGUACUUUAUUUCUGGAUUCAUAUCCCCUUCCUUUCCUCUAAAAAUUUUGAAUAAGUGAGGAGGAUUUGAGCUGCCCUUUUCCGUUUAUGUCUUCUGAUAUUUAUGUGAAGGCAUGUACCCGAGGAAAGAUUCAUAUUCAUAGAAUGAAUUCUGUAUAAUGCAGCGUAGGAAUGAAUAUAGCUGUGAGGUAAUUGCAUUGGCUUGUAUAUUUGAAGUGACAGGUGUAUUAAGAUAAUUUAUGAUAAUAGAAGUUUGUUCAUAAAUUGUGGUC